AUGGCAGUAAAAAAAUGUUUUAUAGAAAACUGUAAUUCAUCCUCAACAAGAUUAGAAGAUAUCGGUGUAACAUAUCACAAGUUUCCCAAAGACCUAACAUUACGUGGAAAAUGGCUGUCAAUUACACAUUUGAACACUAACAUAGAUUCUUUUACAUAUGUGUGCUCACGGCACUUUUGUAAAAGUGAUUUUCAAAUUUAUCAAGACUCAAAAUAUGUCCUAAAGUCAGAUGCUGUGCCAUCUAUAUUUUCUUGGAAUACAAAUAACAAAUCUAACAUUAAAAUGGAGUCACUAAAUUCAAGUGCUGAUGAUACGGAGGAAUUAAACACAUCUACAAGUAGUAAAGGAUCAGAAGGAGAAAAUGUAGAAGCCAUACAGAGAUUCAUUGAAGAUCAAGAAAAAGAAAUACAAGAGUUAGAAAAGCAAAGAAAUGAUAAAGUUGAAGAAAAUAUAGAUAAAGAUGCCAUUGAUACUAAAAAUAUAGAAAAAAUGGAAGUCAUUGAACCAGGCGAACCAAUGGUUAUAGCAACCAGUGUGAUUGAUAUGAUUUUAAGUGAAUCAGAGGCUAAAAUAGCCAAUGCAGAUAUGAAACAUUUACCUAAACACCCUCUGCCCUGUCUUAAAGAUAAAGCAUGUGCUAGUAGCAGUAGUAAUAGUAUGGCUCUAUCAGUAGGAUCAAAAGUCGAAGCAAAAGAUUUCAGUGAAUUCUGGUAUGCAGCCAAGAUAAUUGAAGUGGACUAUGAUGAGAUGGAAGUGUUGGUGCACUAUGAAAAUGCUUAUAACAAGCAUGACGAGUGGAUAAGUGUGAACAGUCCAAGAUUGAGGCCUAUAAAUAGAACAUCUAGACCAAUCACUCCUCAACCUUCCACGUCAGAAAUGAGUGACAGUAAAGAGGAGAAACAAGAAGAGAAAAUAAAACUGAAGUACGCAGUGGGAGAGAGAUGCUUAGCUCGAUGGAGAGACAACCGGAGAUUUGUUGCUACUAUCACUAAGGACUUGGGCAAUGGACAUUACGAAAUAAUAUUCGACGACGGUUUCCAAUGGAAGUGUAACACGUCAAGAUUGUACAAACUGAAGGACAAACACGAAUUGUCAGUAGAUACAUCUAUGUCCCCAACCUCCUCGUUAUCUUCCCCGGUUCUGGCUGAAGCCGGCCCCAGUGGGACCAUUCCAACUACUAACCCUACAUUACCCAUCUUCCAUACACAUCUAUUCGACCCCACACGGGACUAUUUGGGGUCAAAAAGUGAACGACGUGAAAUGAAGAGGAAGUUAAAUAUAAAAGAAAUAUUUAAUAUCGGACAGAAGAAGCAAAAGAGGAAAGAUAAGUCGCCUGAUAAAGUGAAAAUUCUGGGGGAGAAAAAACCGAAAAUAUUCAGGAGGAAAUUAAAGCCGCCGGUUGAAGUCAAAACUGAAGUCAAAGCUGAAGUCACAACUGAAGGCAAGGCGGAAAUUCCUGAUGCUGUAGCUUCAAUAAUCGGCACUGUUGCCAAAGAAGUAGAUUCACCAAAGACACCAGACAUUAAAAUAAUAGAAGAAUCUGAUUUCAAGGAAAAAGUUGAGAAUGACACUGAAAAUGUACAGGUAGAUGUGGACAACAAGGAAAUUAUAAAUGUUGUUAGUGGUUCAGUAGUUGAGAGUGAUUUAGUCGAACCUAGUGAUUUGGGUAUCGAGACGUCUAUUUUUGAAUCUGAAGUUGAAGAAGAAGUUAAGUUGGAGAAAUUUGAGAAACCCGACGAUAGUAAACAAGAGGUGAUUGAAAAGAUGAAAGAAGUCAUAACAAAGCUAGAAGAUGGCCUAAAGGAGAAAGUCGAUUCACCGAAACCCGAGUUAGUAAUAAAACUCGAACAGAUAAAGUGCAAUCCUGUAAAGGAAGAAGUUAUCCCGGAACCGGAGAAACCUAAGAAGAUGAAAAUUAAGAAGACUAAGAAGUUGAGAUUGUUGCAGGAGAAGAAAGUAAAGAAGCAAGUGGAGAAGGUAAAGAGUGAGCUAGAAGAGAUGAAGAAGCAAGUGGAGGAGAUGAGGAAGCAGAUGCUGAUGAAAACUGAAGAACUGUCGAUGGCCAGACCGAAGGAGAUGCCGGAGAGUUUUCUCCUACCAGGAGAGUGGUGCUGUAAGUGGGUGGACGGACAGCCGGUGGGAUCUGUGACCGAUAUAGAAGUGGACACCAAAGACGGUACACCAGUGAUGCCUAGGCGCAGUGUACAGGUGGAAGACAAAAGAUUACCUCCCGACUGGACCAAACUUAUGGUGCGGAGAAGUUUGGGCCAAUCAGCCGGAAAGUGGGAUGUGGUUUUGAUUGCACCAGACGGCCAUCGUUUCCACACUAAGACGGAUAUGCGAAACUUUCUAGAACACGCCAACGACGACAAUUUAAAACCUUAUGAAUCCGCGUUGUUGGAUUUUGGUGUACAUCUAAAACUAUCCCGUCGUAUGGGAUGGGUGGUCGGAGGUAAGGCACCCGGUGUGGUCAAUCAUAAGAGAAAAGAGGAGAAGAAAGAGAAGAAAAGAAGAAAGAAAUUGAAGAAAAUUUCUUUAAAUGAUACACCUGGAACGAGUCAAGCAUUGCUGCAUCCAAUGGACACAUUUUCAGAGAUUCCGAUUGAAAAUCCUACUCUAGAAGAUGGUUAUGUAUACGUUGGAUCUCUCAAAGUCCAAAUAAUUGAGAAUCUCCUCCGAUGUCCGGCGGAAGGGUGCUUCAAAAACUUCCGGAACAACACACUAUUGCAAAUGCACAUAAAGCACUACCAUCGGGAACUUAGGAAAAUGUUGGGUGCAACACCAAAAGUACUCGAUUUGGCCCGAGAAAGAACCAAACCAACCGAUAUAGAACCGAAACCGAGAUAUGAACCGGAAUCCAAAAUAAUCAAAGUGAAAAUUCCUCGACCACCCAAAAAAGUGGAGGAACCAAAACCGGAUAUAAAGGAAAUAGUACCGGAACUCCAAAUUGAUAUCCCGGUUGUGAAACCGGAACCAUCGAGGCCUCAAGACUCGCCAAAAUUGAGACAGGCUUUAGUAAAUAAACCAGUGAAGAGACCAAAAGUGCUUUUGCCAGUGCGUAGGCCCAUUCCUGACCCUAUACCAGAAACUGUGGAAGAUACAAUAGAUAUAAAUGAUAUAGCAAUGGAAACAGAAAUCGACCUCCAAAUAGAGCCUCAAGACUUUGAAACCGAGAUAUCAAUACCGACUGGGUCUAAACCAUUGAAUAUUAAACAAAAAGUUGAUAAGAAACGUAAAUAUGCAGCAACAGUGUCGAAGAAGGCUUUAAGUGAAGAAGACGAUUGGCUUGGAAUGAAUUCAGAUUUUGAGACGAGAUCAAGCUUUCCUGGCUCCGGAACCCCUGAUUCUAAAGUUAUGGAUAAAACUCAACAGCCUCAGUCUUCGGAGUCCAACGAAGAUCAAAAAGAGUCUAAUACGUACAUGUAUACUGAGACGGGUGAGCGUAUCAAGAUCGAGCACAUGAAGCGUGAGGAGAUCAUCAACUGCCACUGCGGGUACCGCGAGGAGGACGGGCUCAUGGUGCAGUGCGAGCUGUGUCUGUGCUGGCAGCACGCGCUAUGCCACAACAUACAGCGGGAGGCGGACGUGCCAGAGAAGUACACGUGCAGCAUCUGCCUGAACCCGUGGCGCGGGCGGCGGUCGGCGCGCUUCACGCACGACCAGGACCGGCUGUACGAGGGCGCGCUGCCGGGCGCGCCGCCCUCCGCCCCGCUGCGCCGCGCGCACGAGCUCUCCGGCAACCUGCUGCGCAUACAGGACGCGCUGCACGCGCUGCGCGUCAAGUACCACGUCGCCACCAAAAAAGACCAUCCGAAGUUAUAUCUUUGGGCGAAAGAUUGGGAAAAUGCUGAAGCGACGUACACGCAGGAACGAUUGAACUCUGAUUAUUCAGAUCUAAACAUUAUAAUAAACAACAUUGGUAAAGAAAAUUUACCAGUGAAGCCCGAUGAGAUAAAGGACGCUCUAGAUGUAAGGAAUUCGAUAACAGAAGAUUCUGAUCAAGAGAGAUACAGUCAGAGAGAUGCAGCAUCUUUCCUUGGUCUCAACACGGGCCUGUCAAGUCCGAGCUGUACUUCGUUAGACCUGCCUAUAACGACUUCGGAGUUGGAGAGAUUGGCCAAAUCUGUUCAGGAGCAAGAGCCCUGCCGGCCGCCGCCGGCGCCGCAGCCCGAGGCGGCCAUCGAGGACGGCGCGUGCCGCGAGCGCCUGCUGCGCCACGUGCAGCGCUGCCAGGCGCUGCUCGACGCGAGGCUAGACUCCAUCGAGGCGCAGAUUGCUGAAUUAGAAUCACAAGAUCCGUCAUUUGAAGAUGACGAAACGGCGGACUUCUUCCCUCGAACAAAACAAACCAUUCAGAUGUUGACGCGUGACCUGCACACUAUGGAGGAACUGGGAGUUAUUACU